CCUUGAAAAUAAUACUAAUAUUCUUCUUCCUCUGCUUCUCUUCUCGGUCUCUGUUCUCUCUCUCUCAGCCUCUGCUGGUGACAGUGAAAUACCACAAAAUUGACGAUUCCUCAAAUCAAGGUGGGAUGCCAACAUCAACAUGUUGAUAGUGAAAUUAUUCUUUAGAAAAGGAAAAAGAGGAAAAUUAUUCUUUUCUUGUUGUUUCUGGCCUUGAAAUUCUCUGUUUUGGAUGGAAUUCAAGUGUUCAUGAUUUUUCCGAGAAAGUUUUUCUUGCGAAAAUCAGUUCCUAUGGAUUAACAGUAAUGCGAGAAUGGGUUUGUGGUGGAUCUGUUAAUGAUUAUUAUGCUGGCUUAUCUCACUCUGCCAAAUGGAUCUCAUACGGAAAUAUAGAUAAAUGAUCUUGGAGCUGCUCGAUGCAGUGUCAUUAAGUUCUAUUAUUGCUGUGAGGCUCAUUUAGCUGAUUUUUCAGCAAGAACCUAUUCCAAACUGUACAAGCUUCUUUUAAGCAUAGGGUGUAGAUGUCCGUGCGAGGAUAACUAAAGCACACUAAUUAGAUGCUGCAUUCUGUGGUUUGGUAAUCAGUUAACUAACUUCCAAAAGCAUUCCUGCUAAGACCAUCAGCUGGGUUGUCCCUGUCGCUAAAGUGGCAUCAGGUAAACUGAUUGAGUGUUCAAUGCAAGCAUCAAAAAGAGUCAGAAGUAGAGGCAUGUCUAGCAGAUUGUACUAUCAGCCAAUUCAGGAAGUUGAGGCAUACUGCAUGCCUCAGUUCCAGAAUUUGGAUCACCAGCUAUGUUCCAAUGGCAGCAGCCAAGGAACCAGUUUAUCCAUUCUGAAUUCACAUGAACUAUACUGCACCCUGGAGUCAUCUUCAGCAAAUGGCAGUUAUACAAUUCACAACUCUCCAUCAACCAUUAGUUUCUCACCCAAUGGAAGUCCUGUGUCACAGCAAGAGUCUCAGUCAUAUCCACCCGGUACGCACCAUUCUCCUGACAAUAAUUAUGGCUCUCCGAUAAGUAGUUCCUGCAUAACUGAUGAUGUCCACAACUUCCAGAACAAGUUGAAAGAAUUAGAAAAUGCAAUGUUUGGUCCUGAUUCUGAUAUUAUUGACAGCAUUGAAAGCACCUUUGGGAAUGGGACAAGCAUGGAGUCACCAGAAAUGGAUAGCUUGAGACAAGUAAUGGAGGCAAUUUCUAGAAGGGACCUAAAACAUGUCCUUGUUGUCUGUGCACAAGCAGUAUCCGAUAAGGAUAUGUUAAAGGCUCAAUGGUUAAUGGAUGAACUGAGACAAAUGGUGUCUGUUUCUGGUGAACCAAUUCAAAGAUUGAGUGCAUACAUGUUGGAGGGGCUUGUUGCUCGGCUAGCCUCCUCAGGAAGUUCCAUCUACAAAGCUUUGAGAUGCAACGAACCAGCCAGCGCUGAGCUGCUCUCUUAUAUGCACAUUCUUUAUGAGGUGUGUCCCUAUUUCAAGUUUGGAUACAUGUCAGCAAAUGGUGCUAUUGCAGAAGCCAUGAAGGAUGAAAACAGGGUUCACAUCAUUGAUUUCCAAAUUGGUCAAGGGAGUCAGUGGAUUACUUUAAUCCAGGCCUUUGCUGCUAGACCUGGUGGGCCUCCCCACAUCCGUAUUACAGGUAUUGAUGAUUCCACAUCGGCAUAUGCCCGUGGAGGAGGACUUGAUAUAGUGGGGAAGAGGCUAUCUAGGCUUGCUGAGAUGGUUAAGGUGCCAUUCGAAUUUCAUGCUACUGCCAUGUCUGGUUGCAAGGUUCAGGUAGAGAACCUUGAUGUUCGUCCCGGGGAGGCUCUAACUGUGAAUUUCGCAUUUGUGCUUCAUCACAUGCCUGAUGAAAGUGUCAGCACACAGAAUCAUCGAGACCGGCUUCUGAGGCUGGUUAAGAGCCUGUCUCCAAAGGUUGUGACCCUUGUUGAGCAAGAAUCCAACACAAAUACUGCUCCAUUCUUCCCUCGGUUCCUCGAGACACUAAACUAUUAUACAGCAAUGUUUGAAUCAAUUGAUGUUACUCUCCCAAGAGAUCAUAAGGAACGGAUCAAUGUUGAGCAGCAUUGCCUGGCAAGGGAUGUUGUUAACAUAAUAGCAUGCGAGGGAAUUGAGAGGGUGGAACGACACGAGCUGCUCGGAAAGUGGAGAUCAAGGUUCAAAAUGGCAGGGUUUACGCCAUACCCUUUAAGCUCCUUGGUAAAUGCCACCAUCAAAACUCUGCUAGAGAACUAUUGUGAUAGAUAUAGACUUGAAGAGAGAGAUGGGGCUCUUUAUCUUGGUUGGAUGAACAGAGAUUUGGUGGCAUCUUGUGCGUGGAAAUGAAAAUUGCUGCAUACCAAUCCGCUCUCUUUUUGAAACUUGGGCGGCCAGCUGAGGUAGAACCUCUAGUAUUUCCAUUGUUUUUUCCCUUUUUUUUGGAUGGAUUUGAGGAGGAAGAUGGUGGCCUCAGCUGUGUAAUUCUCUUUUAAAAGUGGAAAGUUGGCUAUUUUCUUUGAUAUUUUCUUUUUGGUUUUUUUUGCUUGGCCUUGGAAGAACCAGGUUUGGUGGUUUGGCAUGAUCAGAAUAUAUGCACGUUCUUAGGGACUUAGGUGUUGGAUUCCUGAGUGUUAUCCUGUGGGCAUAUUCCUAUGAAAUGCAGGAAAAUUUUCUGUUUC